AAUUUAACUUAAAAUGCCAGAGAUGAAAUUGAGACAAUAUGUGGGUAAACGUAAAAAAUCUACUAAUGUAAAACAGGAUAAAGACACCAAAACAAGGAAGGAUAAGUUAAAAACAAUUGUGGAAACUAAAAAGUUUCGAAAUCAUAAUGAUGCUGAAGAUGAUAGCCUGAUAAUGAUUGUAAAAAAUAAGACGUUAGACGAUAGCAUUUGGAAAGAUUCUUUUGAUCGUUUCAUAGAUACAAGAAGUCCAUUAAGGAAAAAUAAUAUCAUUAAGAAAAAUGUAAGAUUAUCUUACAAUUUAGAUAGUAGUGUAAAUAAUUCAAAUGAAUCAUCUGAUAAAAUUAAUGUUGACCCAAAUUCAAAUACAAAACGAAAUCAAAACGAUAGCAAUUCAUUUUUAAAUAAGACACCAAUUUUUAAAAGGAAAUCAUUUUUAAAACGAUUUGACGAUAUUAUGAAUAAGAAUAAUAGGGGAAAUAGGAACAGAUUAAUUAAUCAUGUUAAAAAAUCAACAAUAUCUUCAACACCAUUAAAUAAUAAAAUGGGCAGACAAUGUAAUAAAAGACGAAAUUUGAGAUCAACUAAAACACAAUUAAAUAAAAAUGAUUCAUUAUUUAUGCAUACGAUUUCACCAAUUCAAAAAGAAGAUUCACCAUCACUCCAAUAUGAUGAAUUAUUACUUAAAACAAUUACAAGUAGUGAGAAGAAACGAAUUUGGAAAAAUGAUUUUAGAAUAGAUUUAUCAGAAUUAAAUAAAAGAAGAAGUAAAGCAAAACGAUCUAUUUUGAAUGUGAUAGGAAAUGAAGAAGAUAAAAACAACGAAAAAUCAAAUAAAAGGAAUAUUCAAAAACAAAUAUCAAAUGAAGAAAAUCAUAUUGAAAAUUUAGGUGAAAUCUCUGUAGAUAACUGUGAUAAGCUUCUAAGACAUUGUGAUUUUGAUAAGGCAACAAAAAAAGUUAACAAUAAUUUACCUAAUAAAUCUAAACCCAAUUCUUAUAAAUGUACGAAUAAAUCAGUAACAAAUUUGAAUGGUGUCCAAAUUUCAUUAAUUAGCCUGAACGACACAGAGGAAAAUGUAGAAAAAUCUCUAAGGUCUUUAAAUGAAAGUGCAAAUGCUACCGCUAGAAAAGAAGUAGAAUUUGUUUUAGAAAAAUCCUUAACUAAAAUAGGAAAAACUGUAUGGGAAUUUGAAGAUCAUUGCAAUAAUCUAUCUAUUUUAGAAGACUUAAACUCAGACCAAAAUAAUGAAUUAAUAAGCCAAAGUUUACAAAUAAUUGAACAUACUUAUAAUUCAAUUUUAGAAAAUGCUGAAAUACCGACAGCAGAUAUUUGUGAAAAAUUCAAUAGUAUAGAAAAAAGUUUAGAUAACUUAAUAUCCAACAGUCAAAAUAGCAAUUCACAAUUAAAUUCAAUACAAACUACUGAGGAAAACCUAUCUAAUCCUGAUAAAGUCGUAAACUCAUUCGAUAAUUUUAAAAUUUCAGAUGAUAUUGCAAUUGAUAAGAAUUCAAAUACUGAAUCAAAUAAAAGAAAUGUUAACGUUUUUGAAAACAAUGUAUUUAUAAAUAAGUUGAAAUUUUUACAAAAUUGCCUUGCAAUUAAUAAUGAAGUAAGAAGAAGAAGUCUUCCUGUAGAGAAAAUAAAAAAUGUGAAUGGGCUAGCUCGAAGUAAUUCAACUAAUACAAUUAGGAAUGCUAAUUUUAUUGGAGAAAGCUCAAAUUUUUUAAAAGGAAGUGAAAAUAUGGAAAAAAACUCUACAAAAGAUUCUGUUACUCAAUAUAAUAGAAGUUUGCCUACUCCGUUGACAAAUAAUUUUCUUCCAUUGAGAAAAUCUUUAAUUUGCUCUGCAACUUUUUUUAAUAGUAAUGAAAUUGCUUCAACAGGAAGCUCAUAUGAAAAUAGUGCACGAGACUCAACAUCGGCUUGUGUGAAUGUAAAUAAAUCAAAUGAAGUUCCAGGCGAUCCUGGCCCAACAUCUGAUGUCAUAAUGAGUGUUGCUGAUAAUAUUUCGGAAGAUCAGCAGGUAGAAAAAUUUGCGAAUGAAAUUGAGUUACAUUUGAUGCCAUCAAAAAGUAUAACGAAUUUAAAUUCAAAUCAUGAAUGUAAUAGACCUGUAAUAAUUCAGAACAUUCAAAUCGUACCCCCUCAAAUAACUUCGUCCACCUCUGCAAAUGUGAGUGCAACAGAAAACUCUUAUGACACAAAGUAUGACGAAAGAAGAAUUGAAACGAGGCGACAUAAUUCCAAUAAAAAGCGGAAUAUAUCAAAAUUCGAUAAUGAAAUGUUAAAUUCUCUGCCAGAUGAUAAAGGUGUGGAAAAUAUUUCGAUAGAUGACAAAAAUAUAUCCAAACUUUCAGCUUCUACAAGUAGCAUUAACAGAUCUUUAAAAACAAAGAAAAAACAAUCGUCAGUUUCAAAUAAAAAAUUAUUACGAUCGCGCUCAUUGAAUGUUGAAAAAAUUAAGAAAAGCUGUGUCAAAAGAACGACUAGCAAUAUUGCAGAGCUCUAUUCUAAUAAACGAAAAUCUCAAUAUAAUGUGCAAAUUCAAGGCGAAAAUAAAAAAUUAGUUUUAGACGAUACAAACCAUAAGAAAUUAUUUAAUUCAAAAAAUUUAGAUGAUAGAAAAUUGGGAACUCAAAAUGAAGGACGUAAAAAUUCAAAAUUUAUUGGACCAGCCCAAAACAAUGAAAAGUCUGAUGUAAACGAAAAACGCGCUCCAAGACAAAAAUUUUCUUUAAAAAAUAAUGCAAAAAUGAAUCAAAAAUCUGAUCUUAUACAAUCGAAAGAAAGAAGUUCAAUAAUGGAUAUAGUUUCGGAACCGGAAGAAGAAUCCAAAAACCAAUCUCUCGGGGAGACAUCGUUCAAUAUUGUGGAAAAUGUAGCACAAAGCGGAAAAAUCCAAAUUGUGGUGGGAGAUGAAAAAUUACAAAAUUCAGAUGAAAGCUUUUGUAAGCCGGAAUCGAAAAUUCGAAAUAAGGAAAAGAAUACAAAAACAAUUGAGACAGCGCCACCUAAUGAAGCACAACACCAAAAUCAAAAACCAACACCAAAUCAAGAAGAAGAAAGUUCAAUAAUUGAUUUGACCACAGAAUGCAACGCAAAAAUAACGAAUUCAAAAAAUUCUCUUAACAACUUAAAUCAAAAUAGAAAAUCUUUUGGAAAAAAUGUCCGAAUGACAAGAUUAAGAGCCCGUUCAUUAAAAAAUCAUAAUAUGAGAAGAAAAUCUAUUUGUAGAACCCCACGUAUUUCAAAAGUCGGAAAUAACAGUCGAAAAACCUUUAGUCUUAUAGAAAAUCAAAAAGAAAAUAACUUACAACCUUUAGAUAAGAUGAACAAUCCAAUAUCAGCCAAUUUGCAUAAUUUAGAUAAAAGUUUAUCUAAUGUAAAAUCACAAAACAAAAAGAAGAUAAAACCUUCAGAAGUAGAUAAAAAUGAAAAGAGAUCUAAUAUUCAUGAAAGGCGAAAUUCAAGGCAGAAAAAAUAUUCUAUUGGAAAUACUAACCAAGAAACGGGUUCACAAAAAAAUUUGAAUAAUGAAUCUAUGAACAUAUCAGAUCAAAAUAGGAAGUCAUUGAGAAAAAAUAUUCGGACAACAAGAUUAAAAUUACGUUCUUUAAAAGUUGAUAAUUCGAAAGAAGAGUCUCCCAGCAAACCGGCGUGCGACACCUCAAAAUUUAAGACUAAUAAAAUUAAAACUAAAAAUUAUGUAGAAAUCACAAAAGUACAAAAUGUUUCAGAUGAAUUAAUAGCAGAAAAAUUAAAUGAAAAUCGAGAAAAAUCCAUGCAUUAUAAUGAAACAAUUGUUUAUGUUAGUCCUGAAGUUCUUCAAUAUCGCAAAGUAAGACAUAGAAGUUUAAAAUUACGAAAAUGUUUAGCUAAUUCAAAAGUCCGAUCCUUAGACAAAGUGAAAAGAUACUCCUAG